AUGACGUCGUCCGGAUCCGUGAAACGCGCGCAUAGCAGGGAGGAGGAGGAGAAUGGCGAAGGGCUGGAUCGUCAGCGGCUGAUUGAAGGAGAGAGAAGCCGCGACCGGGACGACGAUAGGGAGUCGAAACGCCGGAGAAGGCAUCGAUUGGAGAAGGGGGAUAGGGGAACCGGGAGUCCUGAUAGGAGCCACGAUGCCGCUGAUAGAAAUGAUUUUCCGGAUCGCAGUCGGCGAAAGAGUCCUGAGAGGGGUUUUGCGCGGUUGAAAGGGAAGGGAGGCGGUGACGGUCGCCGUGAGCUGUCGUUUCAGGCGGAUCCCGCGGUAAAGGCGUCGCAGAAGGCGUCGCAGGCGGCUGUCGCACGACCUGCCGCAGGGCAGGUUGGCGAUGCGGGCGACGAUGGCGACGACGACGCGCACUGGAACGCGCGGUUCGUGGACAUCGAUGCGAUCGAGGUCGCGUUCGAGGCGCCUCGGAGCCCGCUGUUCGAGGAUCUCGAGGCGCCGGAAGACUUAGAGCGGUUUGGGGAAGGCGGGGUAUUAACCACGGAGGCUUUAAUAGGGACGUAUGAGAACAAGCAGGAGAAGCUGGGGGGUUCGCGGCGGGAGGAGCGGAGGGAGAAAGGGAGCAGUAGGAAGGUUACGGAAGUGAGGAAUGAGGACGAGAAAAGAGAAGGGAGGGAGAGAAAGGGUGAUCAGGAGGAAGAGGGACAGAGGGGAGCGGAAAGGAGUGGCCGAGCCGGAAGAGCCAGGCAAGGAGGCAAGGGAGGGGAUGAGGGCGGUGAUGAGGAGUUGAAUCCGGUGAGGAGAAGGGAGGAAGUGGUGGAGGAGAGGGAAAAGAGAGGAGAUGAGGAGGGGGAUGAGGAGGAGGAAGAGGAGGAGGAAAUUGAGGGUGGGUCAGCAUUGCAUGGUAACCGGGAGAAGGGGCGGAACAGGGAGAGGGAGAGAAGGGGACGAGAGCGAGAAAGGGAGAGAGGAAGGGACAGGGAUCGUGACAGAGAUGGGGAGAGGGACAGGGGGAAAGCACGGGAGGAAGGGGUAAGAGCGAAGGAGAGGAGGAGGAGGGAUGCAGAAGAGGAAUGGCAGGGUGACUAUAGGCGUGGUGAUUAUGGCGGGGAGGGGGAGCGUAGGGAGUGGCGGCAUGGGAAGCGAGGAAGCAGGCGGGCAGACUCGCCUGAGCUGUCGUCUUCGUCAGAGCACGAGCAGCGGGACGUGGGAAAGGAGAGAGGCAAGGGGCAGAAGGGGCGUCAGCAGCGGCACAAGGAGGAAGACGAGGGCAGUCCUUUGGCCGGACCCAGGGGCAGCAGCAAGGGUGCCAAGGCGGGUGGACGAGAAGGUAGGGCGUCGUUUAUUAAGGACGGAGAGAAGUUUGAGGGAGAGGAGAGGGGGAGAGGAGAAGGGAGGAGGUGGGGCAGGGAUCGGAAGAGGGAGGAGGAGGAAGAGGAGGGUGAGGAGGAGGGGAGGAGAGGCAAGGAGAGGGUUGGGAGGGGGAGGGAAAGGGGGAGAGAGAAGGGUGGGGAUGGGAGGAAGGAGCGGAAGGACAGGGAGCAUGGGGGAAAGAAGGGUGGUGUGGAGAACGAAAUUGGGCUGCAAGCAGAAACGGAGAGGCUUAAAGAGAGUACAAUUGCUCCUAGCGAUUAUGAGGGUACCGACAGGGUGGUGAGGGAGGUGGAAGCAGGGGGGGAAGGGUGGUGA